CUGCUCCCGUGGUUCCUCCUUGGUAAGAUGUCGGCCGCUAUCGCCGCGCUCGCGUCUUACGGUGUCUCUGACUCUGGCUCCGACUCUGGCUCGGACAAUGAGGGAAGCUCCCGCCGCUCGGCGCAGGUAGCCAGCCGGGACUCGGUGCUGCAUCUCGCUUCACCGCCCCCUGCCCCGCAGGCCUUGGCGGUGGACUCGGCCCCGGAGGUGGCUGUGAAGGAAGAUGUAGAGACGGGAGUCCACCUCGAUCCUGCAAUCAAGGAAGUUCAGUACAAUCCCACUUAUGACACCAUGUUUGCACCAGAGUUUGGGCCAGAAAACCCGUUUAGGACUCAGCAGAUGGCUGCACCUAGGAAUAUGCUUUCUGGAUAUGCAGAACCAACACACAUCAAUGAUUUCAUGUUUGAACAACAGAGAAGAACAUUUGCAACCUAUGGUUAUGCAUUAGAUCCCUCUCUAGAUACUCAGGACGUUGCUACUAAAUACAUUGGUUCUGUAGAAGAAGCUGAAAAAAAUCAAGGUUUAACAGUAUUUGAAACAGGACAAAAGAAAAUAGAAAAAAGGAAGAAAUUCAAAGAGAACGAUGCAUCUAAUAUUGAUGGCUUCCUGGGACCAUGGGCAAAAUAUGUGGAUGAGAAAGAAGUAGCCAAGCCCUCAGAAGAAGAGCAGAAAGAGUUGGAUGAAAUAACAGCAAAGAGGCAGAAGAAGGGCAAACAUGAAGAUGAUAAACCUGGAGAGGAGAAGACUAUCUUGCAUGUCAAAGAAAUGUAUGACUACCAGGGAAGAUCCUAUCUUCAUGUUCCUCAGGAUGUUGGCGUUAAUCUCCGUUCUACAGUGCCCCCUGAGAAAUGCUAUCUCCCAAAGAAACAGCUCCAUGUAUGGUCUGGACAUACAAAGGGUGUCAGUGCAGUCAGGUUGUUUCCACUCUCUGGCCACAUAUUGCUAUCUUGCUCCAUGGACUGUAAAAUUAAACUAUGGGAGGUUUACGGUGAACGAAGAUGCUUACGAACAUUUAUUGGGCACAGUAAAGCAGUUCGAGACAUCUGCUUUAACAAUGCUGGAACUCAGUUUCUUAGUGCAGCAUAUGACCGGUACCUUAAACUCUGGGACACUGAAACAGGGCAAUGUGUUUCAAGGUUCACAAACAGGAAGGUUCCAUACUGUGUCAAAUUCAAUCCUGAUGAAGAUAAACAAAGUCUUUUUGUGGCAGGAAUGUCAGAUAAAAAAAUUGUACAGUGGGACAUUCGAAGUGGGGAGAUUGUGCAGGAGUACGAUAGGCAUUUGGGAGCUGUCAACACCAUUGUGUUUGUGGAUGAGAAUAGACGGUUUGUGAGUACAUCUGAUGACAAGAGUUUAAGAGUCUGGGAAUGGGACAUUCCUGUCGAUUUCAAGUACAUCGCAGAGCCGAGUAUGCACUCAAUGCCUGCAGUCACCUUGUCUCCAAAUGGAAAAUGGCUGGCUUGUCAAUCAAUGGAUAAUCAGAUUUUGAUUUUUGGAGCUCAGAACAGAUUCAGACUAAACAAAAAGAAAAUCUUCAAGGGUCACAUGGUGGCAGGUUAUGCUUGUCAAGUUGAUUUUUCACCUGACAUGAGCUAUGUGAUAUCAGGUGAUGCAGAUGGAAAACUUAACAUCUGGGACUGGAAGACGACAAAACUCUACAGUAGGUUAAAAGCACAUGACAAAGUUUGUAUAGGCGCAGUCUGGCAUCCACAUGAAACAUCCAAGGUCAUCACCUGUGGCUGGGAUGGUCUUAUUAAAUUGUGGGACUGAAGGGGGCACUGCAAGGAACUAAAUUUUUAUAAGACUUUUUGUGAACAUCUGAGAUUGCUAAACAUGAACUCUGCUGAGGAUGGUUUGAUUUGAACUUCCAGCUGUUUUCGGGUUCUUCACUAUUGAGGUGCACUGUGCACUCUUGGAAAUGGGAAAUCUCCCAGGCAGAAGACUCAGCUGAAAGGCUACUCUUCUAAGUAUGACUUCAAGGUUUGCGAGAAGCUGAGAACAGUUAUGUGAAGUGGCCAGAAAUAAAUAUUAAUUUGAUAAGUUAUUUUCUGUUUGAUCCACUUUUUCAGAAUAAAACAGUAUUUUCUAGUUUGCGAUUCUGGAUGUCUCACAGUAUAUGGUGUAGAAGUAGAAAACCAGCAGUUUUUUUGUGUUCUGUAACUGCAUAGCUCAGAAGAAAAGUCUCUUUAAUCUCUACUGCAAUAGAUCUUGAAGAUGCACCCAUUAAUAGACUUUUUGGCAGUAUUCUAUGACACCCAAGUUUCUUUGAUUUAUUAGAGUACACAACCAGUGAUUAAGAUUUAUUGAUCCAUAACCAAAACAGAGCUGAUCAAAGGCUUUAGCAUACAUACCCAAUGAACAAACGGAGUAUACCCUGCAGACUGUUCCCUAAACCCUCCGUCUGCGUUCUUAUAUUCAUAUCUUGACUUAAACAUUUACAUGAUACUGAUCAUGGAGGUUCCUCUACGUAACCAUCUUUAUUUGAAAGUUUUCUUUAUAAUAAAAGGAAAUUCUUCCUCCCCCCCCCCCCCAAAAAAAAAAAAA